UGGUAUCAGAGCAAGGUUAACAACCUAGUCAUUCUGCUUCACCGGCGGGCGGCAGUCUCGCCUUGGCCGCCCGCCGGACCUCUACACAUACCUCCUCUCCUUUCACCUUAGUCUCACCUUUCCGAUGCUCUAGUCUAUACCAUUGAGGUGCCAAAGGGCUAUCUGGUGGAACCCUUGUAGGCACUUCAUUCAUGUCGAAAGUCACUUUCGCUAUAAUAUCAUCACCACCUUCAUCGGCGUCAUCCAAGUCGGCAACGGCAGCUUCGAAAGCGUCCUCUUCACAAUCAUCCCUCUCUACUACCCUUUACUGGGUACACUCUGGGCACAGUACCAUGCCUGACCGGUUCAGGCCCUUGACCAAGGAAGCCCCAAGCCCACUUGUUAGGUGGCCUUGGUUCAUAGCUCUUGCUUUCCUUUUGUAUGCCUGGAGAACAGUCUUGUGGGAGUUGUCCAACUGGAAAAAGGUUUUAUCAAGUAUUACCCAGUUCGUGGGAUACCUCUUAAAACUUGCACUGGCCCUUAUUUUCCAUUUCAUUGGUGAUCCAGUAACUUCUCUGAUCAGAGGAAUAGAAACUACACUUUACACCAUUCGAGCUUUCUACUCAGCAGUGAUAGCAUAUACUCCUAUUCCAGAGCUGACUCUGAUCAUCGUGCUGGUAUCUUCCGUACUUGCCAUUGCUGAAGCUUCUGUUCCAGACUCUGUAGACAGCCAACCAUACCUUCUUACAGUAGCUGGCUUAAUCGGUUUUGCAGCCGUGAGAGACUUCAUCUCCGAGCUGUCCUUCUGGACGCUCCUAUUGGGAUUGUUUGGUUUUGCUCGGUUUGUUAAGAAGAGGGAUUAUGUUUCUCCUAUGACAGCUACUCCGAAUCCAGAUGUUCUCAUCUGUACACUGAUGUUUUCCAUCGCUGAAACAAAGUUUGGGACGUAGAUUUUGCUGUACCACUUGGCAUAUACCACUCCACUUCCUUUUCCUCUCAUCUUCUCCGAUGCUCAGAUUCUCCAACCCAUAUUUUUUCUUUUUUCUUUCCACACACUCCUGUUCCCCACUCAACUUUCUUUUUCUUUUUCUUUUUUUUAUUAUUUUACUCCAUCUUUUGAAAAGAAAACGA